AUGGCUAUACAUGGCUAUAUAUGGCUAUACAUGGCAUUACAUAGCUAUACAGGGCUAUACAUGGUAAUACAUGGCAAUACAUGGUAAUAAAUGGCAAUACAUGGCUAUACAUGGCAUUACAUAGCUAUACAGGGCUAUAAAUGGUAAUACAUGGCAAUAUAUGGCAUUACAUGGGUAUACAUGGCUCUACAUGGCUCUACAUGGUAAUACAUGGUGAUACAUGGUAAUACAUGGCAUUACAUGGCUCUACAUGGCUAUACAUGGCUACACAUGGCUAUACAUGGUAAUACAUGGCAAUACAUGGCUAUACAUGGCUAUACAUGGCUAUACAUGGUAAUACAUGGCAAUAUAUGGCAUUACAUGGGUAUACAUGGCUCUACAUGGCUAUACAUGGUAAUACAUGGUGAUACAUGGUAAUACAUGGCAUUACAUGGCUAUACAUGGCUAUACAUGGCUACACAUGGCUAUACAUGGUAAUACAUGGCAAUACAUGGCUAUACAUGAGUAUACAUUGUAAUACAUGGCUAUACAUGGUGAUACAUGGUAAUACAUGGUAGUACAUGGCUGUACAUGGCAUUACAUGGCUAUACAUGGCAUAACAUGGCUAUACAUGGUAAUACAUGGCUAUACAUGGCUACACAUGGGUAUACAUGGUAAUACAUGGCAAUACAUGGCUAUACAUGAGUAUACAUGAUAAUACAUGGCGACACGUGGCAAUACAUGGUAACACGUGGCUAUACAUAGCAAUACAUGGCAAUACAUGAUAAUACAUGGCGAUACAUUGCAAAACAUGGCUAUACAUGAUAAUACAUGGCGACACAUGGCAAUACAUGGUAAUACGUGGCUGUACAUAGCAAUACAUGGCAAUACAUGGCAAUACAUGGUUAUACGUGGCGAUACAUGGCAAUACGUGGCAAUACAUGGUAGUAUAUGGCAAUACAUGGCAGCAAAUGGAAAUACAUUACGAUACAUGGCAAUACAUCGCAAUUCAUGGUAAUACAAGGCAAUACAUGGUAAUACAUGGCAUUACAUGGCUAUACAUGGCUAUACAUGGCUACACAUGGCUAUAUAUGGUAAUACAUCGCAAUUCAUGGUAAUACAUGGCAAUACAUGGUACUACAUGGCAUUACAUGGCUAUACAUGGCUAUACAUGGCUACACAUGGCUAUACAUGGUAAUACAUGGCAAUACAUAGCUAUACAUGAGUAUACAUGGUAAUACAUGGCUAUACAUGGUGAUACAUGGCAAUACAUGGUAGUACAUGGCUGUACAUGGCAUUACAUCGCUAUACAUGCUAUACAUGGCCACACAUGGCUAUACAUGGUAAUACGUGGCAAUACAUGGCUAUACAUGAGUAUACAUGGUAAUACAUGGCAAUAGGUGGUAGUACAUGGCUGUACAUGGAAAUACAUGGCUAUACAUGGCACUACAUGGCUAUACAUGGCUAUACAUUGCUAUACAUGGCUAUACAUGAGUAUACAUGGUAAUACAUGGUAAUACAUGGCUAUACAUGGUGAUACAUGGUGAUACAUGGUAAUACAUGGCAUUACAUGGCUAUACAUGGCUAUACAUGGGUAAACAUGGCUAUACAUGGUAAUACAUGGCAAUACAUGGCUAUACAUGAGUAUACAUGGUAAUACAUGGCAAUACAUGGUAGUACAUGGCUGUACAUGGAAAUACAUGGCUAUACAUGGCAAUACAUGGCUAUACAUGGCUAUACAUUGCUAUACAUGGCUAUACAUGAGUAUACAUGGUAAUACAUGGUAAUACAUGGCUAUACAUGGUGAUACAUGGUGAUACAUGGUAAUACAUGGCAUUACAUGGCUAUACAUGGCUAUACAUGGGUAAACAUGGCUAUACAUGGUAAUACAUGGCAAUACAUGGCUAUACAUGAGUAUACAUGGUAAUACAUGGCAAUACAUGGUAGUACAUGGCUGUACAUGGAAAUACAUGGCUGUACAUGGCACUACAUGGCUAUACAUGGUUAUACGUGGCACUUUAUGGCUAUACAUGGCUAUACAUGGCUAUACAUGGCUAUACAUGGCUAUACAUGGUAAUACAUGGUAAUACAUGGCUAUACAUGGCAUUACAUGGUAAUACAUGGCUAUACAUGGCAAUACAUGGCAUUACAUGGGUAUACAUGGCUAUACAUAGCUAUACAUGGCUAUACAUGGCGAUAUAUGGCAUUACAUGGCUAUACAUGGCUGUACAUGGCUAUACAUGGCUAUACAUGGCUAUACAUGGCUAUACAUGGUAA